AUGAAUAAAUUAAGUUUCAUAUUAUUGAUUUGCUGCUCGGCAAUGGUUUUUGCUGAUCGUCCCGAUUGGUAUCCCGAAGAUGAAGCAGCCAUUGAAGCCAAAUGUCGUGAAGACAAUUCCAUUAGCGACGAAACUGCAAAACAAAUCUGGUCGAAUAAUAUUGAAGAUAACCACGACACACGCAAUUUCUUCCUUUGCUUGGCCGAAAAGAAAAAUAUUUUCAGUACCGAAACGGGCUUUAAACCGGAUCGUCUAUUGGUUGUCUUGAAAGAAAGAGCUAAAUUGGAUUGUAAGCCAGAGUUUAUUGAAGGCUGUGCCGAGAAAGGCAAGGAUGUGACACCAGACGAUGCCAAAAUGUUCACCAUCAUGAAAUGUACUGUGGCUGGUGCUGAAGAAAAUUGUAAGAAAGUUGAAGAGAAUUAA